AUGUCGCUGUCCCCGGCCAUGCGUAAGCGGAGAGUCUCCAUAGGCGUGUACACCUGCGACUGUGGGCGUUGGAACAUGAAGGAAUCGAUCCAGGUAGACCAGUACUUGCCGGACACCGCGACCAAGAUGAGGCUGCGGUGGUUCUGCGACAGGAGCGGGAUCAUCUUCUUCAACGCCGUCGCCGGGGACAACGAACACCGGAGAAGCGAGGUGUACGCUCUAAGCCUCGACACGAAGGCGGUUGAGAAGGUGGCAAGCCAUGUCGGGGACCGUGAUUGGGGGAUCUUCACGGGUAGGAGAUGGGUCAGGCGGCAUAUUCACCUUUGUAGCAACCUCUAG